CUCCGGCGCCAGCAACGACACCGACCCGAGCGACGAGAUGGCGGCUACAGGACGCCGCCUGCCCCGGCCCCGGCCCCGGGGACAUGUGUGAGUGUAUCACUGGCUUCCCUCCCGCUCCAUGAUAAGUCACUUGCUGUGCUGAAGAUUGAUUAUAGGUAAAUCAGGGCUGUCAACUCACGCAUUGAGCGUGGGAGUCACGCAUUUCACAAAAUUCUCACGCUGAUCACAAAUUUCUCACGCUCAAAUCUGCAGAUGUUGGAAGGUCAAAAUAAAGCAAAAAUUGUUUUAGAGAGUGGACAACAUCUUCAUGACAGUCAUUGACACUUCGUUACAAAAGGGCAAGUGGAUGGAUAAUUUGGUAGCUUUGAGGAAGAGGCUGAUGAAGACUGAAAAAAGUUUGCAAAGUUCAAGAUUAGACUUUAAUAGUACCCGUUUAAAUGACCAGUCCGAUGAUUCUUCACAGCAGGAUCAUUCUCCUGCUUUAACAAUGGAAGAUCUCUUACAAUCUAAUCCAAUAGUUUCUCCGAUGAGCAACCGUCAUCUGACAACCACUGAGAGAAUGCUUCCUCAAAAAAAUGUUUUUAGUAACAUUAGUCCAACUAGCAGUUUUGGAGGCAGGACGCCUCAUUUGCCGGCUUCAUCUGGUGUCGAGCAGGAAAAUGAACAAUUAUGGAAAAAGCUCAGCGUACUUCGGGAAGACAAUUCCCGAUUGCUCUCCCAGAAUCAUAGUUUGGUGCGGGAAAUUGAAAGUAUACAGAUGGAGCUGACUGAAUCAAAAGUUAAAUGUUGUCAUCUUGAACCAUCUAUUAAUGAAAAGGCGCAUCAUAUUUCUCAGUUAAAUGAAGAUAUCCUGGGUUUGGAGGCUGAAGUAGAGGCUCAAGAGAAAGCUCUCAGAGUUGCUGAAGAAAAAUUGGAAGAGAGCCAAUGGAUGGUUGCCGAGAAGGACAAACUGGUGGAAAAGUUGUCAGAAGAAUGCAAAAGAGUGAAGAAUGAGCUUUAUGACCAAAAUAAAAGAGGAAAGAGAGCUGAACAACAAAGAAAUGAAGCCCUCUUUGAUGCUGAAGAACUUUCUGUCGCGUUCAAACGGUACAAGGAAAAGACUACAGAAAAAAUUACCAUGUUUCAAGCUAAUGAAGAAGACUGGCAGAGCAGCUUGGAUCACUGUGAUAAGAACAGAGCAGGUUUACUUGGGAAAUGCACUAGCCUAGAAAAAGAGGUGGAAAAGAAGAGCGAAGAAAUCAGGCUUAUAAAGGAACAAAACUGUGAUCUAAAGGUGGCUCAAAAGGAUCUGGAGACUAAGAAUGCAGGGAUCUAUUCAGUUUUAUCUGAUACUAAAGAAAAAGUUAAAAUGUUAGAAAAUGAACUGGCCAAUAAAGAGACUAUUUUGAAAGAUCGAGAAGGCUUGAGGCUGGAGAAUACAGAACUACGAUUACUUACAACUUCCCAAAAUGAUAAAUUGCUUCGGUUCAGUAAAGAGCUGGAGAGCACUAAAAUGGAGAUGAGGAACUUGGAGUCACUUCUACAACUUAAUCGGACAGGAAGUAAAGAGGGCGACAGUGGUGUAUUCAGUACAGGAAUAUCAAGUGCAAACUACCCUGAUGUCUUUUCUUCAACUAGGAAGGAAAAUGAAAUGAAAGAUUUCAAAAUGAGUGCUGAUUUCGGUGAUUCCCAUUUCACAGAAUCCAGACUAAGGUUAGGAAUGAAAGAUGAAAUUCAGAAGCUGGAAUCUAGCCUGGCCAACAGUAAAGUCUCAAAGCUACAAUGUACUGAUGUAUUGGAUGGAACAAGCCCAGAACUAACCUCGAACAGAAAAAAGGAUGCUGAUAGAAAGACUCUGGAACAGCAUUUCGAAGAAGAGCGAUGUAAACGAAACAAAGAAGUUGAGGAGCUGCAAGCUAAAUUAUUGGAAGCAGAAUCUACAAUCUCAACAUUGGAAACUCGGAUGACAGGACAGAGGAGCAGUUGUCAGAAGUUUGAGGAGCAACUGUUGGAAAAGGAAAAUGGCAUUGAGAAGUUGGAACAGGAGCUAAGAAAAUCUAAAUCGCAGCUAUCCACUGUGGAGAAACAAUUGGAGGAGAAAACUAUUGCCUAUUCGACCAACGCAGUCAAAGUUGUUGAAUAUGAACGAGAACUUGCGGAAAAGAACAAAGAAAUGAUCAAAUUGGAAAAAUUAAUUGAAGAGCAACAAGAAGAAAAUAUUGUUGCUAGUGAACAGACCAAGAAGAUACAAACUGAGCAGUGCCAGGAGUUGGAACAGCAGAUUGAAAUUCUCGAAAGUAAACUGGACGAGAAACAAGUGCAGAUGAUAAAACAAAAACAAACAAUCUCAACUUUUCAGGAAGACAUCUAUGCCAAGGAAAGCAGAAUUCAAUCACUGGAAUUCCUACUGGAAGAAACCAGACAGGAAUCAAUGAAGCAAAAUGAAAGAAAUGAUGCUACUUUAAAAUCCCUGCAAACUCAAGCGGGUGAAGGAACUUCCAAAGUUAAAGAUCUGGAAACUGCGCUGGCGAAUUGCAAGGAGGAAGUAAAAGUGCAAAUGCAACAAGUUGAUGAAAACAGGGAACAGCAAGAUAAACAGUUGAGAAAGAAAUCAGAAGAGGUACAUCGCUUCCAGAAAGACCUGAAGAUAUCUGCACACAAUUUAAAGGAAGCAAAUGAACAGAAUGUUCAACUACAACAGACACUGCUGCAAUACCAACAAAUGCUACAGCAAGAAACAGCACGGAUCGGAGACUUGGAGGACCACCAGGCAGUUCUAGAGAGAGAGGUUUCCAAACUGGAGCAAGAGUUAUUGAAACAGAAGAUGUCAUUUACAGAUGAGCUGUCCAAAGUAGAAGACAAGCUUUUUAAGGCCUAUGACGAACAUGAUUCCAAACAUCAGCAGGUGUCUGAACUUACCAGUACUAUGAAAGAUAUACAGACACAGAUGGAAAAAUGCAAAGAUGAAAUGAAUGGAUUGGAAAAAGAACUUUUUCAACUAAGGAGAGAUAACACAAACAAGGAUGCUUACCUUAACCAGCUAGAAAUAACUCUACAGAGUACGCAGGAAGAAUUAAACAAAAAAUCUGAACACGUGCGUGAUCUGGAGGAAAAUCUGCACCAAACCGAGUUAGACCGAAGGAAUUCAGUGCAGAAAACUCAGGAGAGUGACAAUCAAUUAAAGAACAUGUAUAAGGAAUUACAAGACACUUUAGAUCAGCUUAAAGAGCUCCGGGAAAUACUACAAAAGGCGCAGAACACCAUUGAUGAGAAGAAUUACACCAAUGACGAGCUCACAAAUGAACUGAGACUGUGUAAAGGCGAAUUGCAAGAGAGAGAUGCGAAAAUCAUUGACAUGGAUCAGGCACUUCAAGACAGGCAAUGGGAGCUCCAGCAGAGAGCAGCUCGGCUUACACAAUUGGAGAUGGAUGUUCAUGAGCACAAAACUGAGAUGGAGCAGAAGAUUAUUUAUUUACAAGGUUCUUUGGAGAAAUCAGAAUUAACCAUUAAGGAACGCAAUAAACAGGUGGAAACUUUGGAUGAAAAGCUACAGUUGGCACAAGAACAAUAUUGUGAGCAAGACUUCAAGCUGCUACAGAGGGAACAGCAAGUAAAUCAGAUGAAAACUGAAGUAGAAGCAAAAGAUUUACAGAUUGUGGAAUAUGAACAGAUUCUGAAAAGUAAGGAGCAUUGCAUUUUAAAACAACAGCAGGAGGUAUUGGGUGAAGGUCAACAAGUGCGCCUAGCUCGUGAGCAAAUGCAGCGCUGUCAUUUGGAACUGAGGGAGACUCAGCAACAGCUGAUGCAGGUGCAAAGAGAAGCAGACCGUUUAGCUCUUGAGCUGGAUGAAAGUAUUCAACUAUCUCAUGAAAAGGAAGCAUGUGCUGCUCACAUUGCAGAAGGUUUGGCUGCUGCUCAAGCUCGAGAAAGUCAAAUGGAGAUCAAGACGCAAGCAGAGAUAAAGAAGCUGAAAGAAUUGGUGGCACAUUUAAAGAAUGCUCAUGAGAAAGAGAUCAUAGUGCUCAAAGAAAGCAGGCCGCAACUAUUAGCAUCUGAGGAGAACUCCACUACCCAUAUAUCCUAUGAACAGGUGCUACAAUUGAAGCAGCAGCUCGACAAAAGCCAGAAAACUACCCAACAUCUUGAGUCAGAACUCCACACUCAAAGGGAGGUGAUAAGUGCUGCGAAAGAAGCUCUUAUAAUUAAGGAAUCUGAAGUAGCAAGGCUGCAAGUCAAAAUUUCUGGAUUUGAAAGGGCGCUGGGAAAGCAGCAGCUGCCUUCUCCCAUGUUGCAAUCUCAACGUGAACCUGAGAAUAGAAAAGACUCCACGAUGCAAGCUCGGAGCUUCUACCCUCUUGCCACAAAUAUGAACAGGUUGUUCAGCGUUGGUGAGAUGUACGGGACUGAUAUUGGUUCAGCAUUAAAUUCUCUGAAUUGCUCGAAUAGGAUUCGAGAAUUACUUGAACAAUCUUUUAACCCCAGAAACAUCAGCGUACAGGAUAUGAUGGAUACUUCCUGUCCAACGCAACCAGAGGGUGCCGCAUUAUUCUCCAGCUCCCCUAAAGCAGAAACUGAAGAGGAUUUGGAAUUCGCUAACCUGGCUAGCAAUAGUGACUUGGAAAGUUUAAGUGGAGUGUUCAAUCAUUUAAGUGCCAUGGAGCGAAAUAAUAUUGCGGAGGACGCCCCAGUUGACAUGUCACCAAGAUUGUCUAGUGAACAGAUUAAAUCAAGAGUAGAAGAAUGUUCAGCAGGAAGGUGCAGAAUGCCAAACGAGCAAGAAUGAUAUUUCCGAAGAAUCUGAGCAAGAUCAGUUACAAAAGAGGAUCAGCUACAAGUUGAAGAUAAAGUUAGAUGCCAGUGUUCAACAAGUUCCAACUAAGGGGCAUUGUUGUGCAAUGUGGAGCAGUGGAGGAAAUGCAUUGACUUUUUGCCAAACUAAGCUUGGCAAUAAAACCUCUAAUUUCAUAAUGCCGUGCAGUUAAUUUAUUGCGUAAGUGGGUGUUGAAAAGUUAAAUUUUUUUGAUGAGCAUUUGUUUUUAGAGAAAUAAAACAGAUGUAUUUCAUUGAAAUGCUUAAUUUUUUUUUUCUGUGUAAAAUAAACUCCUCUCCAUUGC